GAGAUGACAGAAGCCCUGUCCUCAGUGCUGGGGACGAUGGCGCCCAGGCACAACAUCGAAAACCCUCAAGAUUUGGUGGAUCCUACCGAGGCAAUGCCCUCAGUACUACCUCAUAAAUCCGUGUGGAAUGUUUUACAUACCGAAGGCGUCAUUAACCCUAAGAAAUCAACAAGGAAAAGUCUUCUAAACUCUGAAGCCAUGGAGAUGACAGAAGCUAUAACCCCAUCAUUCCCCCCUGGAGCAGUCCUAAAUGACAGUGGAAUGGAGCUGACAAAAGCUAUCAAUCGUUUGCAGCCCACGAGUGAACCUGAAAACAGAAGCCGUUGUUUCCAGCAGGACGGGAUGGAUCUGACGGAAGCUAUUCCCCCACACGUGCCGGUUCAAGAGUUGAAUAUGUCAUAUCAUAACUACUUCAUGGAGCUGACAGAAGCUAUUCCUUCCUUAAAACGUUCCCAUGCCAUCAUCUCGACGAGUGGAAACUCAACCUCUACUAGUCCAUGCUCAAAAUCCCCGAAGGGUCUCUUUUCCCAGGAAGAACCUUCCCAAAAAGACAAAAACGCUUUGCAUCAUCUUUUGCAUCCAGAUUCCCCUAAAUUGUCUUCUGAGCUUCAGAAUCAGUCGAUGGAGUUCACUCGUCCAGUAAGACCCCAACACUUGAAAAAUGUCGUAAACAAUGACUCCGUGGAGAUGACUGAAUGCAGCAUUCCACUGAUUCCGAUUUCGGAAAAAAGAACACCUUCAGAGACCAUAGCCCAGUGUAACGGUCACUUCCAGGAGAAUCCUCUCAAAGAUAUAACUUAUCGAAUUCAUCCACGCCCAGCUGUUCCAACUGAUAUUUCUGGAACUGAGUCUUCAGAUUCGUUCAAGGAGAAUCGAACCCCUCCGGACUAUCCCAGCAUGCAUCCAGUGGCGAGACCACUGUUUGAAGGACCUAGUGAAGAUCUGAGUUAUUCCUCUCCAGUUCCAUUAGAAUCCGAGGACUUCGCUGAGAGUAUCAGAUCGUCUGCUGUAAUUGGAGUCAGAAAUCUCGAGGAUGUGUGUAUGGAGUUGACCGAGGCCUUCACAAAACCUGGGGAUCACGGGGCGUUAGGAUCAUCAGAUCUGCAGAACAUCGAGGCGCCGUCAUUCAUGUUUGAGGACAGUGCCAGUGUAAACAGAAGUGAUGACUCCAAGCUUCUUCGAGCAGCAAUGCAAAUUGGAGACCAAGAAAUGGCAGGGGAUUUCCGCUCUGUGCCUGUACCUGAGGCAGAGUUCACUGAGGAUAUUAGUAAUUUUCAGUUCAGAAAGAACGGAGAGGAUGUUCAGAGAAACCAAAUGGAAGAUGAAAGUUCGAGAAACUGCAGGAGUUUCCAGGAGGAGGGUAUUCCUGAGACAUCAGAAGAUGGACAGGAAGCAUCUACUGGGCAUGAAACUCAUAUCAUCUUGAGGCAUAAGAAAGAAGAGAAGAAGAUGAUCAAACAGGUGGGAAACAAACAGAUUUUAGUCAUCGAGAGUCAGUCCUCCAGUCAGUCUAUGGAGGUUGAUGGUGAGAUGAGGGUUGAGAUGUUUGAUGAAACUGUUGUUAUGUGUCAAGAGAAAGUGCCUAAUCUGAGCCUAGAGGAGAAAUUAAGUGGAGACGGUGAAAAUGAAUCUCAGGAGAAAGAAAAUUGUGCACUAGUUGAUACCUCUGACGAACCUAAAAAAGAAGUUCUUGGAGGAGCUGUUUAUGCGGCUUAUGUAGCUCAUCUGGCUCGGGUCCAUGAAGAAAACGAUGUAAUCAUGAAAUCCAUCAAAAGGCAGAGGAAAAUGGAGGAAGUAGAUCGCCAGAAGCUGGCGGAAAUGCAGAAUAAAGAGACUGAUUCGUCUAAAACGUCUGGAAUCGAUCCUCAAGAGGAAGAUGACUUGGAAUUGACUCCAUUCGAGUUGAUGAAAAAGAAUUUGGAAGAACGAGCGUCUCGCCAUUGCAUGUGGAUCCUCUGCAGGUGCACGGAGGAGAAAGUUUUUAUUGAAUUCAAAAAGACAGCAUUUGUCUUUGGAAUUAUUUUUGUCACGCCUGUAGAUGACGAUGGCAUAGGAAUGAUCAGGGAUUUUUAUAAGGUACCGAGGAUGGCUGAUACGGAAAUACCGUUUCGCAGAAUUCUGGAUCCUUUGAUGAUGGAGAAAAUUAAUGUCGAGGAGUUGAGGAUGAAGUAUAGUACUUAUGCUGAUGUUUUACCACUUCUUGAAGCUGUUUCUCAGGACGCCAGGUUUAUCUACGAUUUUUACGAGAAUCUCGUGAGAUUGAGCUUCAGAGAUGUUGUGAAGGUUACGAUGGAGAAAAUAUCGUUUCAUGUAUCCACUGCAUCCAUGGAUACUAUUCUUGAGGUGUUCGUUAAUGUCAAGCCGUUUCAUCAGAUUACACCGGAUGACGUCUAUGUUAAGUGCAAUCUUGGCAAUGUUAGAAAAUCGCACAUCAAGGCUCUCAUCAACAAUGUAAGUAAGACACCGAAGUUUCUUACGAUGUACAGAAAUGAAAUUAAGGAUUAUAUUGAGCUUAUGGAGCUGGCGUCUAAUUCGAAAAAAUGAUGACUUUCAAAUGAAUUUUUAUAUCGAAAUUUGUUGAUUAUUGAUAAGUAAGAAUUGUAAACAUUUUUUAAGAUUCACUCAAUGCCAGUUUGUUAAAUAAGUACGAACAACAACGGAGCUCCCAAUAAAUGCCACGUAAUUCAAUGUAUCUGAUACUCCCAUUCCCGUUUCAGAGAUCCAAUCGAAGUGUUUUUGAUGGUCAAGACCAAAAUCCACACGCUAAAUUCUCUCCAAUUAAUUAUUUUUCACUGACUAUUGGAUUUUACGUGAUUGCACUGUU